AUGGAAGACAUGGUCGAUAAUUCUUUGGCAAACUCUGAAAAUGAGAAUGUUAUUGAAAAUACGAAUUUAGGGGAAGAAGAAGGUUUAGGAGAUGGGGACUCGAUUGUGCUGGAGGUGGGUAUGCAGUUCAACAAUGAAAAAGCAAUGUUUGAGUUCUACAAAAGAUAUGCCUACGAUCCUCAACCAACGACGCAGACGGAUUGUAAAGCUAGGAUCUCUGCUUCUUCAGAUGUUAAUGGAACCUGGAGAAUCAACAUAGUCAAUCUCGAGCACAAUCAUACAUGCAGCCCUUCAAAGUCCAGAUUUUAUCGUUGCAAUCGAAAAUUGCCAGCACAUGUGAAAAGGAAGCUUGAAGUGAAUGACAUGGCAGGAAUACCGUUGCUUAAAAGUUUCAACUCUACAGUCGUUGAAACUAGUGGAUAUGAGAAUUUGCCUUGUGUGGAAAAGGACUAUCGAAAUUAUAUUGAGCAAGUAAGAAGAUUACUACUUGGAGAAGGUGAUGCAGCCACAAUACAAUCUUACUUUUCCAAAAUGCAAGCACGAUGCCUCGGAUUUUAUUUCAGUAUUGAUUUAGAUGAUGAGUCGCGACUGAAAAAUGUAUUUUGGACUGAUAAUAGAUGCAAACACGCAUGUAGGGAGUUCGAUGAUGUUGUCACCUUCAACUCCACUUACCUGACUAAUAAGUACGACAUGCCUUUCGCUCCUUUUGUUGGAGUUAACUAUCACGAUCAAUCUACAUUGCUCGGUUGUGGUCUAUUGUCGAACGAGGACACAUAUACAUUUUUUUGGCUGUUUAAAACAUGGCUUGAGUAUAUGCAUGGUCAAGCACCCCAUGGAAUCGUUACAGACCAAGACAGGGCCAUGCAAAAUGCUAUUCAGAUCGCUGGUACAGAAUUUGAAGGAGGUUGGGGAUUGAUGAUUGAUGAGUAUGAGUAUAAGUUGCAUGAUAAUGAUUGGUUGGCUGGACUGUAUAACAACAUAGCUUGUUGGGUUCCUUGCUUCUUAAAAACAACAUUCUGGGCUGUUACUACUCCUGCACAGUUGAGAUAUAACGAUAUGUGUCAUGCUUUUUCGCAAUUGGCGGACCUCACUACAGAUGACGAAGGGCAAUCACGUGCAAUAAUGGGCUGGAUAAAAUGCCAAUAUAAAGAGCUUACGCUGACUAAGUCGAGUAAUGGAAGUAAUGCUAUGUCGCAGCCUGCUGUUCACUUACCCUCUUAG